AUGCAAAAAAUUGAUAUAAUCAGAGCUAAGAAUAGAAAAUCAGAUGUCACCAAUGUUAGUGGUUUUCAGUCUUCAACACAAAAGACUAUGCUAAAUGAAUACUCAUUCCCAAAAAUUAAUAUUAUUGUACAUUCGUUUGAACCUAAAUUGCAGAAUUUAGUUAAAGCAGAUGGAGAUUAAACAGAUAUCAACCCUGAAACAGACAGAGUUUCGAAAAGAUAAAAUCCAAGAAUGGAUAUGUUCAAAAAUGAAAUUGUUAAAGGUUAGAAAAUUCACAAGAUUACAUUUCGAGAUCAAAUUGUUGGAGAACCUCUAUAUUAAAUCAAGUACUUCAAUAAAGAACCCUAAGAAGAUCUUGAUGAAUGUUGUCCUUGCAACAUUUUUUGA